UGCAACAUAUGAGAUAUGAUAUAUGAGAAAAGGUUAGAUAAUGUAAUGUUUAUAUUUAUGAAGAUGAUAAAUGUUUUAUAGGUUUCCUAAGGAUCCUGAGAAACAUUUAUUAUGGCUUAAAGCUAUUAAUAGAAUAACUGUCGGCAAAAAUGCCAGGUUAUGUUCAAAACAUUUUGAAGCAAAAUAUUAUCGUUAUGGCAUUGUCGAACAGAGAAGAUUUUUGCUACCUGCAGCUGUUCCAACAUUGUAUUUAUGUCCUGAGAGUGAAAAUAACGAUAUUGAAGUAAAUAAUUCAGAAUUAACAGAAUCAGAACUACAAAUCAAUAUGAGUUUUUGUACUGAUAACACAACCAGUGAACAUGAAAAAACAUAUAAUAAAUUAGUUUUGACACAUAAUGAAACAAAGACAACAUUUGAUAAACAAGAUAAAUUAUCUAAUGAAGAACAAAUGCUAUUACAAAAUAACAUGCAACAAAUAAAAAACACUGAAGAAUCUAAUGAAGAAUCUGAAUUUAAUCAAGAUGAAAAUUUAAUUUUUGAAGAAAUAGCAGAUGCACAAGGCAAUAGAAAAAGAUAUUAUUAUCCUAGCCAUACUGAUGUUAAAUCUAAACAUAGAAUAAGAUACAUUGGAGACGUGAAUUGGAAUGUAAUUUGUCAUAAUCCAUCUGAAGCUAGGUAUUAUGGAGUAAUGGCAGUAAAAGAAAUAAAAGCCUUAAGAAAAGAAUUGAAUGUUCGAAAACGAAAAAUUAGAUAUAUGAGAAAAAAAAUUUCUAAUUUACAAUCUUUACUUAUGGAUUGA